UAACGGCGGCCAUGUCGCUGGCAAAUACUGUCAAGUCUUCUCUGGGACCCGUCGGUUUAGACAAGAUGUUGGUGGACGAUGUUGGGGAUGUCACCAUCACCAACGACGGCGCUACAAUCCUCUCACUGCUCGAAGUAGAGCACCCUGCGGCCAAAGUGCUUGUCGAGUUGGCUGGACUCCAGGACUCCGAGGUGGGGGAUGGCACUACCUCAGUAGUGAUCUUGGCUGCGGAGCUACUCAAAAAUGCGGGAGAACUAGUAGACCAGAAGAUCCACCCCACAGCUGUGAUUGCGGGGUAUUUACUGGCUAUGAAACAGGCACAAAAGUUCAUCCAGAAAGAGAUGACACUCCUAACUGAAGACCUGGGGCGUGAUAGUCUCAUCAACUGUGCUAAGACCAGCAUGUACUCCAAGAUCAUUGGCACAGACAUGGACUUCUUCUCCGAGAUUGUCGUAGACGCCAUGCUGGCCACCAAGCGUGUAAAUGCCAAGGGAAAUGUCAAGUGUCCCGUGGGCGCCGUAAAUGUGCUGAAAGCUCAUGGAGCUCGGGCCAAGGAUACCAGACUCGUGCAUGGAUACGCUCUCAACUGCACAAUAGCAUCGCAGGCGAUGGUAAAGAGUGUCACAGACGCCAAAAUUGUUUGUCUGGAUGUCAAUCUGCAGAAGCAGAAGCUGGCUUUGGGUGUACAAGUACAGGUCAGCGACGCUCACGAGCUGGAGAAGAUCAAAGACAGAGAAAGCGAGAUCAACCGCAUGCGUGCAGAGAUGAUCCUUGCUACCGGUGCCAACGUAGUACUGACUACCAAGGGCAUCGAUGAUGAGGUGUGUAAGCUGAUGAUCGCCCGAGGUGUUAUGGGUAUCCGUCGGUGCAAGAAGGAGGAUCUGAAGCGCAUCGCCCGCAUCACAGGCGCAACGCUCAUCAGUUCGCUUGCGGAUAUGGAGGGAGACGAGUCCUUCGAUGCCUCCAGUCUGGGCUAUGCCGAGAGUGUGGCACAGGAGCGUAUCUCUGACGACGAGUUGAUUAUCAUCAAGGGCACCAAGGCCUAUUCCUCCGCAUCCAUCAUCCUGCGCGGCGCCAACGACUUCAUGUGCGACGAGAUGGAGCGUGCCGUGCACGACAGUCUGUGUGUGGUUCGUGGAGUGAUUGAGAGUGGUAAGGUGGUCCCGGGUGGGGGUGCUGUGGAGGCUGCCCUGUCUCUGCACUUGGAGAACUAUGCGCUGUCUCUGGAGUCGCGCUCGCAGAUUGCCAUUGCUGCGUUUGCCAAGGCGAUGCUGGUGAUCCCCAAGACCUUGUGUGUAAAUGCGGCGAAGGACACGGUUGAGUUGGUGUCGCAGUUGCGAGCGGCGCAUAACACGGCACAACAAGCCAGGUUACAAGAUACCCCCAGCGAGGCAGACCUAAACCUCAAAUGGAUUGGACUGGACCUGCACAAGGGCGAGACUCGGGACAACGUCGCCGCAGGUAUUCUCGAGCCUGCUCAGUCGAAGAUCAAGAGUAUCAAGUUUGCCACUGAGGCCGCUAUCACCAUUCUGCGUAUUGACGAGGCUAUUCGAAUUCAGCCCACGCCGAGUGCAGACGAUGACCCUCACUCUUACGAGAAGGCCAUGGCACGCGGGCAGCUUUAGGGCUAAGCCAAUCAAAUGCGAGUGAAUCUCACUUGGCUAUUGCAUGGGCGUGUGUGGGACAACCGAAUCGGCGACCCGACACGUCCUAAUAUAUAAUAAAAGUUAGAGGGAUGUCAGCAAGCAGCGGGGCAUGUGUGCGUGUGUGCGUAUCGUAUAUGUAUCGCAGUACGGAGUCAAGGCCAUGUUGGCUGUGGUAGUUAGUGACACGUAGUUACGCAUAGCCACACACACAGAGAGGCUGAGGUAGGCACCCCACAUAGUUAGUGCGAGUGACUAUACAAUGGAGUCUAUGGCUUGGGAUGGAGGAUCGACCCGAUGACGCGGAGUGCGGCUGGAGUCAGCUGCUUGCUUUGGCUGUGUUGGGGCGAUUGGUUCCAUCGUCUGUGCUGCGCAUUGACUGGCUUCAGACGGAUCAAACAUGCUAUGGUAAGUGUCCCUAUACUCGGCUAUGAUAUGCGGAACACAUCCCGAUCACGGGCAGGCCGCAGCAAGGGUACCAAACUGCGCGGAUAUGUAUUUAUGCGAGCCACGUCUCUGCUGUACGGCAAGUGGUAUGGGAUGAGUGGUAGGACAGGGGGCUGUUAGUGCUGCGUUGGGGAGCGGAGGGUGCCGCAAAGUGCAAAGUUGACAACAACCAGUCUACUGUUGACGGACGAGGACUUAUGCAAAUAAAUAUUAAACACGAACAAUGACCAA